AUGGGAAUCAUCCCUUCCGCCGCAGCAACAGGCGAUUCCAGCACUCGUUGCAAAGAGAACGAGAGGGCAGCUCUUCUCAAGCUCAAGCAAGGCCUGUUCGAUUCCAGCGGCCAGCUAUCUUCCUGGGCGAGUGACGACUGCUGCAGAUGGCGAGGCGUUCGCUGCAGAAACCGCACCGGCCAUGUCGUCCAACUCCGACUGAGCAACCCCUCACCCUCACCUGACGGCGACGACAACUUCUUGUCCGGCAAGAUCAGUCCUUCUCUGCUCGAGCUUGAGGCACUUGAGCUACCUGGACUUGAGCAGAAACAGAUUCGAUGGAGCAAGCAUCCCACGCUUCAUCGGCUCGCUGACGAGCUUGCGAUUCUAGACCUGUUAUAUAAUGGGAUCAGUGUAGACAUCUCGAAUUUUGGCAAGCAGUUGUCUGGAUGUGUCAGAAACAGGUUGCAGGUAUUAAAUCUGGCAAACAAUGCUUUGGGUGGUGGAGCUCCUGUAUGGAUUGGGGAGCUCAGGAAUCUGAAGUCUCUGCAUCUUGAGGACAACUUGCUCUCCAGUCUCAUUCCUCCAUCUCUUGGAACCCUCUCGUCACUGAGCUUCCUCUACCUAAGCGACAACAUGUUACGGGGGUCAAUUUCUGAAUCUUUCGGGCAGCUCUCGGAGCUAAUCGUGUGGGUUGUCAGCUACAAUCAACUCUCUGGUAUCGUCUCCGACGUCCACUUUAGCAGCAUAACAAGGUUUGAAGCUCUGCUCCUAUCUUGA